UUAAUUGUCAACCGUCUGUCAGUUAACUUGUAUACGCAGCUGCUGCUUUGCUUCCCAAGAUCGACUUUGAAUGCUUGCAAUUCCCAUCCAAAUUAAGGGCCCCUCCUUGAAAUUGAGAAGAUAAGAUUGAUAUAGAAAUCAAUAGUUACAACUAAUCGGAGGAGCAGGAAAAGCGCGAGAGAAAUGGUGAGGGCUGAUUUUGGGGGAAUGGGAUCAACAGUGGGCUUGAAUGAAGAAUCAACGGCGGCGGCGGCGGCGGCGGCGGCGACUGGAAUAUGGGCGCUUUUUACAAAUCUUGCGUUGAUGUCUUCCUUUCUUGGCUUCGCUAUUGCUCAGGCCAUUAAAUUCUUUACUGUCUGGUACAAGGAAAACCGGUGGGAUCCAAAGCAACUUAUUGGAUCUGGUGGCAUGCCAUCAUCACAUUCAGCUACUGUAACUGCUCUUGCAGUUGGGGUUGGUUUACAAGAGGGUUUUGGAGGACCGCAUUUUGCAACUGCAUUAGUUUUGGCAUCCGUGGUGAUGUAUGAUGCAACUGGUGUAAGAUUACAUGCUGGACGUCAAGCAGAGGUACUAAAUCAGAUCUUAUGUGAACUUCCAGCCGAGCAUCCUCUUGCUGAGAGCAUACCGCUACGCGAACUUCUUGGCCACACGCCUACUCAGGUUGCUGCUGGUGCGGUUCUGGGAUCGAUUACCGCAAUGCUUAUAAGUUUAAUCUGACGCAAGCUGGAGAAAGACUUUGUUUAGAGUUACUAAAGUGGUAUCUGUCUUCUAUUUCUAUUUUUGAGAGAAAGAGUAGCUCAAAGGUACAUAUCUGAUGAAAAGAAAUAUCAAAAUUUGUUUUGACCACAGGACAAUUCCUCUGUAACAGUUUUCUCCUUCAUUGUUUCUGUAAACGUAAAAUUUGCCUCCAA